AUGGUGGGGAAGGAGCUGGCGGUGAAAAGGAAUGGCCCUGUUGACAUACGUGAGAUUGCUGCGAAGGCCACACUCCGGGAGGUGCGGCAGAGCGGGCACACCUACGUUGAACUACGGCGUGUCGGGAAGCGUGUCAUCUUCUUCUGCACCAUCUGCCUCACUGAGUGCUUCAGCGACAACGUGCUGUUCGACCACCUCAAGGGAAACCUGCACUCCCGGCGGUAUGCUGAGGCCAAGGUCACACUGUUUGGGCCCAUGCCGUGGCCAUUCAAUGAUGGCAUGCUCUUCUUCAACAACUCAUGCGAGAAGGAUCCGCUCCUGCUGGACUCAAGCUCGCAGAGCACCAGAGAGCUUGCUCUGGUUCCACUUCCACAGCCUGAGGUUUCAAGGAAUGAUACUGAGGUGACGUCAAAGUUGAGAGAUGGUUCAAGCUCCUGUAAUGGUGUGAAAGGUGCACGCAAUGGUGGAAAAGGCCGUGCUAAUGGUACAGCUGCUGUAUCUGAAGAUCAUGUGCUUUCAAACAGUGGAACUGAUGGUCCUCUUGUUAUUCCCGGUGUAUUGCUAAAGGACGUUGUUUCAGACUUGCCUGUGCAUCUUUUGGGCUAUGGAAAUAUUUCAUACAGGAUCUGUGAAGCUAGCAAGAACUGCAAGAAGAUAAGCAAGAUCUGGUGUGCUUGGGUAGGACAAGAAGGCUCCCAUGGUUCUGAGAGUUGUAACACUUAUGAGCAAUCUGGCUUUGCCAUAGUCAACUUCUCUUAUACUUAUGAUUUGGGCAGGAAGUGGUCUUCUGAUGAGCAGGACCUUUCUAUCUCUGCUGGAUCUUUCUUUGUAAUUGAUGAUGCUGGACAUCGUGGAAAGCGAAUGAAAAAAUCAUUCUCUGAUCAAGAAGCAUCUUCAGAAGAGUCAAACGGUCAGAACAGUUCUCCACAGGGCAGUAGCCAAGCUAUUGUGACUGGUUUCCCAGCGGGUACCUCACACAAUCUUCAAGUUGGCCUCUUAUCAAGUAAGUCAGCGAGAAGAGAGUUGAGGAAGCAGAAGCGCAUAGCAGCUGAGAAAGUGUGUGAUAUUUGCGGCAGACCAAUGCUCCCUGGAAAGGAUGUUGCCACCUUGCUGAACUGCAAUACAGGAAACCUAGCUUGCAGCAGUAGAAAUUCAAAUGGGGCUUAUCAUCUCUUUCACACUUCCUGCCUUUUACACUGGACUAUAUUGUGCCAAUACGAGAUGCUGAAUGACCAAAUAGCUCGCAAGGGGAAGAGCAAUCGAGGAAGGAAGGCAAAGAAUGCACCGAAGAAAAGCAAAAUAACAUCCAUAGUUUGCCCAGAAUGUCAGGGUACUGGAAUUCAUGUCAACGGAGAUGAACUUGAGAAGCCAAGCAUUUCUUUAUCCGAGAUGUUUCGCUUUAAGCUGAAAGCCAUUGAAGCUCACAAAGCAUGGCUGAAGAGUCCUGAAGUGCUUGAAAACUGUUCCACUGGUCUUCAUUUCCCCUCAGAACAUGUGGAGAAUUCUGAGGAGAAGGUGAUGCCGCUGAAGUCCCUUCCUUUCUAUGCCGCUGAUGGAUGA